GUGUCUGUCUUCACAUCCUUCAGAGAUCAACCACAAGAGAGUGUAGUCCUUGCAAAGAUGGCAAGACCGAGUAACCUUUCCAUCUGCUGCGUCUUCGUCUUCGUCCUCUUCUGCCUUGUUGCCUUCCUUCCCACUUCACACUCUGUGUGUCCCGGUACUGUGAACCAUGCCCCGGCCCUUUUUGUGUUUGGGGACUCUGUGGUCGACAACGGAAACAAUGCCUUUAGAAACCCUGGUGUGUCCACCCGCAAUCUGCCAUAUGGAAUAGACUUCCCCAGCGGUCCUACCGGAAGGUUCACCAACGGGAAGAACCCCGGUGAUUUCUUGGCCGAGGACUUGAAUCUUCCAGGUUUACCUCUUGCCGUCGAGGAUCCCACGGCCGAAGGAAGCAAGAUUCUUAACGGAGUUAACUACGCGUCUGGGGGUUCCGGGAUCCUUGAUAAUCCUGACUCUGAGUUCAUGUCGCUGGGGGGACAAAUCGACCUUUUCGAGCAAAAAACCCUUCCGGAUCUAAGGAGACUAUUCGCUAGGUCGGGAAAGCUCGCUCCCUAUCUGGCGAACAGCAUCUUUGCCUUUAGUACCGGUGGCAAUGACUGCACUAAAGCCUGCGAUGAUCCUCUCAACAAUGUGGAGGAAUGCAAAGGAAAUGUCAAGCUUCUUGUGGCCAACUUGACCGUCCACCUUAAGAGGCUGAAUGAUUUGGGUGUUCGGAAGUUCGUGUUGUUCGGCGCCCAACCACUCGGGUGCAAUCCUGGCUAUGUUGCUAACAAUAACUUCGAGUGCAGACAGGAGCUCAACGUGGUUGUCAAACUUUUCAGUGAAGAACUGAACUCGUCCCUGGGCAGCCUGAAGAAAGCCAUGCCCGACUCCUACUUUGUGUACGUUAACGCCUACAAGAUUACCGAUGAUGUCUACCAAAAUCCAGCUUCUCAAGGAUUCGAAGAAAUCAAGGCGUCCUGUUGCGAAAGAAAUGGACCUGGAUGCACACCAGGUAGAGACCCUUGCGCGGAUAGAGAUACAUACAUGUAUUUCGAUGGCGCACACUGCACCUCCGCCAUGUACAAGCUUCUGGUGGACGGCGGCUUCUGCUCAGAAGACCCGGAAAUUGUGAAUCCUUUCGAUAUUUCACGGCUUGCUGCCAUUCAGGUGAUUCCCACUGUUGAAAGGUCUCCCAUGAAGUGAAGGGUAGAUCGUGUAAGUUCUAGUAUCGGUAGUAUUAUGUAAUAAGCGAGAACAUGCAGCUAGCUUUGUAGUUCUCGUGCUCGAAAGGAACCUGAUCCUUUCAUUUGAUCUGUGAACUUGUAGUAUGGUUCGAUCGCUAGGUUGGACUCCAGUCUUAAUGCAGCUUAAGUUUCAUUUUC